ACAUGAAUUUAUUAGAUAAUAGACCGUAAUUAGUAUACUACUAUAUUAUGUUAUUAUUAUAUAUUACACUAUUUACACUAUACAAAUAUAAUCAAAAAUCAAAAUCAACGAUGCCAUUGUGCAAGUAUUGAAUAAUCAAUUAAAUAUUAAUGAACAUUCGAUUUCUAAACAAUCUAAACUAUAAUCCGUAUUUAUUAUAUCAAACAUAACGAGUCACUAGAAUACAGUCGAUCUACCAUCUGUGUAAUGCUAUUUCAGAACAAAAAUAAAAUGUAUAAUAUUGUAAUAAAAAGGCUCCUAAUGAAUUACCAUAUUAUUGAAAUAUGGAAUACAGAUUAAUCAGUAAACUGAAUGUAUACGGCCAAUCUGAUUUUGUGCACCCAGUCUAUCUCGAACAAUAACUAGUCAUGACUUGCCGUCUGUACAAGCCGUUUAGUAGCAUACCUGAGCCCAAACGAUGGCCUCUACUCGGCCACACGCAUUUGUUCAUCCCGAAAAUCGGUCCUUACGACUCUUUACGCCUGACAGAAGCUUUGGGUGACAUAGAAUGUAUGUUGGGCCCAGUGUUUAAACUAAUAUUGGGUGGCAAAACAAUGGUUGUUGUUACAAGAGUGGAAGAUGCCAAAACAAUGUUUGCUCAUGAAGGUAAGCACCCAGCAAGACCAAUAUUUCCAGCUUUAAACCUACUCAGAAAAAAACCAUAUGGCACUGGAGGAUUAGUAUCUGAAAAUGGUGUAGAAUGGUAUAGACUGAGAAAAGCUAUUGUUCCAUUAAUGGCAAAAAAUAUUUAUGAAAGUUUCAUUCCUCAACAUAAAGAAGCAGCAGUGGAUUUCGUUGAAUAUAUAAAAUUGAACCGAAAUAAAGACAAUUGUUUAAAAGACAUAUUCUAUCACUUAACUAAAUUUGCCGUUGAAGCAAUUUCUAUAGUCUCGCCUGGAUUAAGAAUAAAAUGCUUAAAUACAACCAUGUCCGAAUGUUUUAUGGAAGCAGGAAGUAAAUUCAUGGACGGAUUGUACAAUACACUCAAAGAACCGCCUGUAUGGCAAUUUUAUAAAACAAAUGCCUAUAAAAAUCUAGAAAGCUCGCAUACGACAUGUAAAAAUUUUAUUGAUGAGUACCUGAAACAGGCACAUGAGUACAAUGCUCUAGUUAAUGCUAUUAACACAAAUGCAAAUUUAUCAAGUACUGAUAUCAAUUUACUUGUACUAGAAAUAUUUUUUGGCGGCAUUGAUGCUACUGCUACUACUUUAGCAAUGACAUUGUAUUAUAUUUCUCAAAAUGAAAACGUACAAAAAGCUUGUCUAGAGGAUGUUCAACAAGAUACAAAAGCUUAUUUAAAAGCUUGCAUAAAAGAAACACUUAGACUGUCCCCUACUGCAGGUGCAAAUGCCAGAUAUCUUCCAAAAACCUGUGUCAUUGGAGGCUAUGAAAUUCCAGCUAAUACAUUGGUGAUGGCUUUCAAUUCUUUAACAUCGACAAAAGAAAAAUACUUUAAAGCACCAUUUGAGUAUCAGCCCAGUCGGUGGUUAAGAAAUUCUAAUAUCCAAAAGUUUGAUCCUUACGCUUCAUUACCUUUUGGACAUGGGCCUAGAAUGUGUCCUGGAAGACACAUUGCGAUGCAAGAAAUGACAAUACUCCUGUCUGAAUUAAUUAAGAAUUUCAAAAUCAGUAUGCCAACUGAACAAUCAAAAAAUAUUGGCAUGAUCUAUCGCAUGAAUAGAAUACCAGACAAUCGCAUAGAUUUAAUAUUCCACAAUAGAUAAACACAUUUUUUUCGCAAAACAUUAUUUAUUUUUUUUAUUUUAUUUUUUUUUUAAAUUUUCUCUAAACAAUCUUCAACUUUUGUGAAAUA